AUGGAAAUAUUAACAAGACGAGGGGAUGUUCUUGUAAAUUGUAAGUCAUCCAAGAAUUCAAAAAGCUUUUCUCACAUCCUAUGCACCUUCAGGAAACCGAAACACCCACUAACAUCCAACCGUCCAGAUAACCUCCCUCUUAAAUUUCACAAAAAAGUAUUGGCCGUUGGAUCUAAAUUUAGGGGUUUAGCAAUCCCCUCUUCAAACCCGCCCACACUCUUCUACCCUUCCAACGCAAAACACCGCAAUUCUCCCCUCCACCGCCUCCAUCUUUUUCACCGCGGUUUUCCGUCCAACCACCGGCGGUUUUUCUGCCGCCUUCUGCCGGUGAUAAUAAUAAUCUUCAAAGAUUAA